AAUCGCCACGCUCGCAGCUUCCCAUCCACCUCUCGCAUAAAAGCUAAACCGCGGGGGAGAGAAAGGGAGAGGGAGCCCGAUCCAAUCGCAUCCCUCGCCGCGUCGUCGUCGUUCGUCCUCUCCUCCCUAGCUGCUGCCGCGCGGCGGGGAUGAAGAUCCAGUGCAACGCGUGUGGGGCGGCGGAGGCGCGGGUUCUGUGCUGCGCCGACGAGGCGGCGCUCUGCGUCGCCUGCGACGAGGAGGUGCACGCCGCCAACAAGCUCGCCGGGAAGCACCAGCGGGUGCCGCUCCUGUCGAACGCCGGCGCCUCCGCGACGGUUUCCGCGGCGCCGGCCGUGCCCAAGUGCGACAUAUGUCAGGAGGCUUCUGGAUACUUCUUCUGCCUAGAGGACCGUGCGCUACUUUGUAGAGAUUGUGAUGUUGCUAUACACACAGUAAAUUCCUUUGUUUCAGCACAUCAAAGAUUCCUGCUAACAGGAGUUCAGGUUGGCCUUGAUCCCGCUGAUCCAGUUCCACCUAUUGCUGAAAAGCAUGCUAAUGCGACUGGUGGAUCAGUUUCUCUGCCAACGAAACAUCUGCCAAGGAGAAACCCAACAGUUCCAUUUUCGGAUCUAGGCAGUGAUUCUGUGCCCAGCCAAAAUGUAGUCAACGGAGAUUAUUCUAGGCAGAAUUCUGUUCCAACAGUGAGGACAGGAGCGGUCGAUUCGACAAUGAACAAUAGUGCGAUUCGAUCAGUAGAAUCUCGAUCUGAGUACCUGGCAGAGGAGGGUUCAACACUUCUGCGAUCAAGCCAUACCGCAUCAGCCUUCUCCAACCAAAUUAAUGGGGAUAAUAAUCGGGCCUACAACUUGUCAUUCUCAGGUGGCAAUGGAUCGGAAAGUCUACCAGAUUGGCCUGUGGACGAGUUCUUCAAUAACUCAGAAUAUGGUCCAAGCUUUGGCUUUGCUGAGCAUGGUUCUUCUAAGGGUGACAAUGCUAAGCUGGGUAGUGCUGGGGGAUCUCCACAAUGCCGUCUGGCUGAAGGCUUCGUUGCUGAAGAACUGUUAGGCCAGGUACCUGGAUUUGAUGUUGACAAAUCUAUGAGCCGAGUGCCUGAGAAUUCAUGGAUAGUGCCCGAGGUUCCCUCACCACCAACAGCCUCAGGGCUUCAUUGGCAGGGUAAUUUGCAUUACCCUGCAUAUGACAGCACCAUGUUCGUGCCGGAGAUUCCCUCCUUCCAGAGCUCUCAAAAUAAUUUCGCUGUACCCACUGGUCUCAAGCGCCGAAGGAGACAGUUUUGAUACCAAGAACAGCACUGGACAUCUCUAUCUAGUUAGGCCAUCUCCUGGUGGGUCAAAACACAAAAAAGCGGGCUGGAUGAUCAUUCAGAUUUCAAAUGAGUUUUCUGCAGUAGUCAGGCUAAAGUUUGUUGUAAUGCUUCGAUGAUGUUCUUUUUUUUUCCAGUAAAGAUUCUGGCUAGUGACUUGUUGUGAGUUCUGAAGGUGCCUAUUUUGUGUAAAUAGUGAAAAUAAAGAGCACCAGUAAGCGGUAA